GAACAAAUCAAACCAUCUACUCCCUCUCUGAAGUCUCAAGUUAAACGACCAGUGGUGGCGCCAUUAAUCUGGUACCAAUAUCGAAAUGGAAGCCUCAAUCUCCUCCUUCACACUCAUCAGAACCCCAACCAAGUCCAACUCCAGCACAGCUAUAUUUCCAAGCAUUAACAUCACAAAACCAUAUGAUUCAUGCUCUAUUACCAGAACAAAAUGCCACAACCUCGCUUUUGCUAUAAACACUACUACUCCAACCCUCCACGGCAGAAAAGCUUGGAAGACUGCAGCUAUCGAAGAUGUUUCCGGCGCUAUAACGGAUCCGGGACCGGUCGUCCUCACCUGGCAAAUUGUCGUCGGAGCUAUAGCUGGAGUUACACCUUUUGUGGUGGCAGGGAUUGAAUUCAGCAAAAGAAUUAUAGCACAACAGAGAUGUGAGGUGUGUGGAGGGUCAGGACUUGUUUUGACUAAAGAAAACUAUAUGAAAUGUCCUGGAUGCGGUGGAUUUCUCCCUUGGCAAACAUGGAAAAGAUUCUUUACUGGCUAAUUAAUUAAGUUGGAGGUGUAUAGUUUUCAGCCUUGUUACAAUUUUUAUUGAGAAGGAUAGGUUCGAUCUUUGUGUGAUAUAUAUCCAGGCGAGCAUGCUCUCCCCAACAUGUUUAAUGAAUUGUUGACCCUAUCACCCUAAUAUAGCCAAACAUUUGAAGA